AUGAAUUUUAGCAGCGAAACAGAAUCUGACACUGAAAGUAGAAUUGAGUCUACUUAUCCUCCAAUAAUUUUCCCAAUGAAAGUACUAGUAACAUGCUCUAUAUGGGAUAGAGACUCCCAUGGCCUCUUUGAUUUUGAGUGAGACAUGCUAAAAACUUCUGAUAUUGAAAUAGAGCAAGAUAGCUUUAUAUACAGGACAGAUUAUGGGUUCAAAGUUACCCCUAUUCAUGAAGUCAGAAACCUUAAUUGAUAUGAUCCGCAGAUGUUAGGGCUUGAACCUUAUGCAGACAUACGCUAUAGAGGAGAUUACUACUACAUCAGAAAUUUACAAGGAGUAAAAAUGAACGAAUUAAAGCAAAGCCAAUAUGGAUCUCUUGCUUGCAUCUGGACAGCCGCUAAUAGAAGAGAGAGAUCCGAUUUCUGGAGAGUUUUCAGAGAUGAGCAAUCGUCUGAAAAAUAAGGUCAUCCAUGUGCUGAAUGUUGGUGAUAUUGUUAAACUAGGGAGAGUACAAAUGAGAGUUUCUGACAUAGUAACUGAAGAUAUGAUUGCAAAUUCAAGACUUAAUAGCGAUAAUAAAGAAUCCAUUUUAUCGAAGCAUGAAGUAGAAAGACUUCUCCCUAAAUUUGAAGAAUCUGAUCACAAAGAGGUUAAAGUCCUACAGACUUGAAUAACAAAUACCCAAAAAUUAAGAGACUUAAAUGAAGAGGCUAGAUGUAGAAUAUGCUGGUUGGAUACAGUAUCCGAAGUGAAUCCUCUAAUUUCAGGAUGAGAUUGUCUUGGAGCUCUAAAUCUGAUACACUAUGAAUGCUUAAGAGCUUGGAUACUUGAAAAGGUUCAAUCUACAAGAAAAAGUAAUUAUUGACUAUCCUAUUCUUGGAAAAAGUUUAUAUGAGAAGUUUGAAAUAGCCUCUAUCCAAUGGCAUAUAAAUAUAAAAAUCAAAUCUAUGACUUGGUAAUGGUGCCAAUACAAAAGUAUCCGUACAUCAAUUUAGAAAGUCUCAUUAGCCCAAAGAAUACCUCGCGAUUCGUAUUCCAGAUAAAAAUUCCAGAUUUCAGGGAAUCAACAGAAGAUAAUCCUAACUUAAAGAGAAAAUUUAUUAUUGGAAGAGGACAUGAAUCAGAUCUCAGAGUGACUGAUAUUUCUGUGUCCAGAACACAUACAGAUAUUAUCUACGAGAAAGGCAGAUUUAUUAUAGAAGAUAAACUCAGCAAGUUUGGGACACUUCUAAAAGUUUAAAAAGAAUCCUACUUUAGCUCUAAACCCAAUUGAUGGAAUAAAGGAUGAUGUUGUGGUACGUCUAAAGGCAGGCCAAACCAAGUGAGUACAGUCUGGUAGGACUAUAAUCAGGUUUAAAACUCAACAGCACACUGAAAGCAUGAUGCAGGAAAUAGCGGAACACUAUCAGACAAAGAAAGUUCCUCUCUCUUCAGAUGAUUCUCUUAAGCUAUUACGUUCACAAACUGUAACUUAUACAACUUAACCAA